AAAAGUUAUUCUCUCACCCUAGUUAUAUAUUAAAAGGAUUUUGCUGUCACUUUUCUCCACCCAGUUAUAUAUCAGAGAGUUUGUUGUUUUGUGGUGUAAAUGUAAACUUAAGGAGCAGGAAUAGGAGAAGAUGGUGGUGAUGGAGAUGAACACAGUGCACGUUGUGUUUGGAACAGUUUUGGUGGUGUUGAUGCAUGUCUUCAACAGCUUGGUGUUGAGGCCAAGAUCACUGAGAGCAAAGCUUCAGAGGCAGGGGAUUCAAGGGCCUCCACCUCACUUCUACCUUGGCAACAUCCCACAAAUUAAGACCCUUUUGCUUCAAGUUCAGUCAGCACCAACCACACAAGUCAAAGACAAAGAGCAAGAUGUUUCUCCUUCACAUGCAUGGCCUUUAACUGUCUUCCCUCAUGUUCAAAAGUGGAUCAAACAAUAUGGUUCCAUGUACUUGUUUUCUUCUGGGAAUGACCAGUGGCUAAUGGUAGCAGAUAUAGAGAUGGUGAAGGAAAUUAUCAUGUACACUUCUUUGAAUCUAGGAAAGCCUACUUAUCUGUCCAAAGAUCUGGGGCCACUUUUGGGCCAAGGUAUAUUGGCAUCAAGUGGCCAAAUUUGGGCUCAUCAGAGGAAGAUAAUUGCCCCUGAACUGUACCUUGAUAAGGUGAAGGCAAUGGUUAAUCUGAUAGUCGAGUCAACAAAUGUGACACUAAGGUCUUGGGAGGCUAGACUUGAAAGCGAGGGAGAUAUUUCAGAGAUUAAAGUUGAUGAAGAUCUGCGAAGUUUGUCAGCUGACAUAAUUGCCAGAGCUUGUUUUGGGAGCAAUUACAUUGAAGGAAAAGAAAUAUUCUCAAAGCUUAGAGAUGUUCAAAAGCUCUUGUCCAAAGUACAUGCUGGAAUUCCAGGCUCUCGAUACUUGCCUAACAAAAGCAACAGACAGCUAUGGAGAUUGGAGAAAGAGAUUAACUCAAAGAUAUUGAAGCUCAUAAAACAACGCCAGGAGGAAACUCAUGAGCAGGAUCUCUUACAAAUGAUACUUGAGGGUGCAAAGAAUUGCGAGGGUAGUGAUGGCUUCUUUUCAAAUUCCAUCUCUCGCGACAGGUUUAUGAUAGAUAAUUGCAAAAACAUAUUCUUUGCUGGAUAUGAGACUACUGCAAUCACAGCAUCAUGGUGCUUGAUGCUGUUAGCUACACACCAAGAUUGGCAAGAUCGUGCCCGUGCUGAGGUGCUUCAAGUUUGUGGAAAAAGUGCUCCAGAUGCAACUAUGCUUAAAAGCCUCAAAACGUUAACCAUGGUGAUACAAGAGACUUUGAGGCUUUAUUCACCACAAGCACAUGUUGUUAGAACAGCUUUCCAAGAUAUUAAUCUGAAAGGCAUGCUGAUUCCCAAAGGAAUGAAUAUUCAGAUUCCAAUCCCACUUCUGAACCAAGACCCUCAACUUUGGGGACCUGAUGCUCACAAGUUCAAUCCAGAAAGGUUUGCAAAAGGGGCUAUUGGAGCAUGCAAGGUUCCACAGCUUUAUAUACCAUUUGGAAUAGGGCCACGUGUCUGCGUUGGACAGCACUUAGCCAUGACAGAACUGAAGGAGAUUUUGUCUCUCAUUCUGUCAAAGUUUCGCUUCUCUCUCUCAUCAAGUUACUGCCAUUCACCUGCUUACCAUUUGGUCAUAGAACCUGCCCAUGGAGUUGUUCUUAAGAUGUCAAAAAUUUAAGCUACAAUAUGUAACUCUUACCCUUUUCUUUGGGGUACUUUUCUGCUUGUGCUUCGGAAAUGAAAUGGUUUUAAUCAUAAGACAAAUCAUUUUACAAGCAGAUGAAUAAUGAAAACAUGUGCAAGAAAUGUUUAUGAAUAAAUUUUAUUCAUGUUAGAUCA